CAGCCUUGCCAUUUACAAUUCAGAGUCAAUGCCACCCGAGCGGGUCAAUGGUGUAUCCCCAAUCAAGCUUUUCUCUGAUGGUAGCUCGGAAGGUUUACCUUCACCUGAAGCACUGAGGGCGGUCCUCUUCUCCGAGCAAUCACUUUCACAACCUAAAACCCCCAGCAAGAGUUCAUUCGCCCACGCAAACGUCAUAAUACUAGACGAUACUCCUCCAAGUCCAAAAGGCAAAAGAAUAUCUUCCCUUACUACGCUUCAAUGUGAGAGUACCACCACUGUGUGUAAUAGUCAAGACUCAGUAGACGAGAAUCUCUCAAAAUUUGUUGUCAAUCCGCAGCCCGUAGAGAUCAUUGUCUAAAAUACUAGAAUCUAUAGCUGAAAGUGCGAAUGACACCGAAUCUGAAAGUAAGUCCGGAAGCAAAAGGAAAGGAAAGCGAA